AGUUUGGGAAGAGAAGAUCCCAACCCUUAUGCUCCACAGUAAGGUCUUCUCCACAAUUCUUCGUUUUUCUUUUCCGCAGUUAACACAUUCAUUGUUUUCGUUCUCUUUUUCUGUUUCGCCGUUUACCUUGUACCACCAAACAUUGUUUCUUCUUCUCUCCACGAUUCAAUUUCGUUUAGAUUCUUUUUCACUCGCUUUGCGCGGAAGAAUCUGGGGGUUCUGUUAGCAAGAGGCUGCUUUGGUGUUUCUUUCAUUUUUGCUUUACAUGAAUACAUAGAAGUUUUUCAGUGUUUUAGUAAUUCACAUCAUGUUAGGUUCAUUGCCUAUAUUGCCUCUUCCUGCUCCUCCUUCUGAUGGAAAUCUAGGUCCUCUCCCUGAGGCUCAACUCUCUGAGAAUGAGAGGGAUGAGAAAUUCUCUAACGAGGAGCAGAAAAAUUUAGCUUCUGUUCCGGUACCGGCAACAGUUGCCACCCACACUAGAACUAUUGGAAUUAUACAUCCCCCUCCUGACAUUAGAACCAUUGUUGAUAAAACUGCCCAGUUUGUGGCUAAAAAUGGUCCAGAAUUUGAAAAGAGGAUUAUUGCAAAUAACACCGGCAAUGUCAAGUUCAAUUUCUUGAACUCAUCAGAUCCUUAUCAUGCGUAUUACCAACACCGGUUGACUGAAUUUCGUGCUCAGAAUCAGUCUUCUUCACUGCAACCUCUGUCGCUGCCUGCAGAUUCAGCUAUUCCUGAAUCUGUCCCGUCUGCACCAACGCCUGAUAGUAAUGGUGUAGUAGCAGCAGAAAAGCCUGAUGUUUCUGCCCAGUUUAAACCUGUAAGGAAAGUACUUGAACCCCCUGAAGCCGAGCAGUAUACUGUUAGGCUUCCUGAAGGAAUUACAGGGGAAGAGCUGGAUAUUAUAAAGCUUACAGCACAGUUUGUGGCCCGAAAUGGGAAAUCUUUUUUGACAGGCUUGACAAGUAGAGAAGUUAACAACCCCCAAUUCCAUUUUUUAAAACCAACCCACAGCAUGUUUACAUUUUUUACUUCCCUUGCUGAUGCAUAUUCAAAGGUUUUGAUGCCUCCAAAGGGUUUGACAGAGAAGCUGAAGAAGAGUGUCUCUGACAUGACUACUGUCCUUGAAAGGUGUGUGAAUAGGCUGGAAUGGGAGCGUUCACAAGAGCAAGCUAGGCAAAAGGCUGAGGAUGAGAUAGAGCAGGAAAGGAUACAAAUGGCUAUGAUUGAUUGGCAUGAUUUUGUGGUGGUUGAAACAAUAGAUUUUGUUGAUGAUGAGGAUGAAGAAUUACCUCCUCCAAUGACUAUUGAGGAGGUUAUAAGGAGAAGCAAGAUGACAGCCAUGGAAGAGGAUAUUGUUGAGCCAGGAAAGGAGGUUGAAAUGGAAAUGGAUGAGGAAGAGGCCCAGCUUGUUGAAGAGGGCAUGCGAGCUGCUAGUUUGGAAGAUAAUGAUGAUGGGAAGCAAAAUGAAGUGAGGGUUACUGAAGAUCCUGAACCACCAAUGAGGAUUGUGAAGAACUGGAAGAGACCUGAGGAGAGGAUUCCUGCAGAAAGAGAUCCAACCAAGUUUGUUGUUUCUCCUAUCACUGGUGAGCUAAUUCCUAUUAGUGAAAUGUCGGAACAUAUGCGAAUUUCUCUCAUUGAUCCCAAGUACAAAGAACAAAAAGAAAGGAUGUUUGCCAAAAUUCGAGAGACAACUCUGGCUGCGGAUGAUGAAAUCUCAAGAAACAUUGUUGGACUUGCUCGGACCCGUCCUGAUAUCUUUGGUACUACGGAGGAAGAGGUUUCCAAUGCUGUCAAGGCAGAGAUUGAGAAGAAAAAUGAUGAGCAACCUAAGCAGGUUAUAUGGGAUGGUCACACUGGUAGCAUUGGCCGCACUGCAAACCAAGCCAUGUCACAGAAUAUUGGAGGUGAGGAUCCAAAUGAUGCUUCUAAUAAUGAAAUCAAGAACCUUCUUGGUCCUGCUGCACCUCCUCCAAGACCUGGUAUGCCUUUAGUUCGUCCUCUUCCACCACCACCUGGACUGGCAUUGAAUCUUCCCCGUGUUCCUGUCCAAUAUUCUGCUCCUAAUAGUGGUGCCCUUCCAAUUCCUCCUCCCAGACCCCCAGUCGUUCCCAUGAUUUCUUCUGUUCGGCCAGCUCCCCCUCCUCCAAUGCCAAUGACUUCUGGACAGCAGCCAGUCAUGGCUGGUCAACCGCCCCCAAUGCAUCCAUCAAUUCCUAUGAAUAGCCAAGGAAUUCCCAUACCUCCACCACCAGGAUCUCAGUUUACUCCUGUUCCAGUUCCUCGACCUUUUGUUCCUCUUUCUGUUCCACCAUCAGGUAUGCCUAUGAUGCAUCCACCACCUUUGCCUCAAGGAGUGCCACCGCCACCUCCACCAGAGGAAGCUCCUCCCCCUCUCCCAGAUGAACCGGAACCAAAGAGGCAGAAGCUUGAUGAUUCUGCUCUGAUCCCUGAAGAUCAAUUUCUGGCCCAACAUCCGGGACCUGUUCGCAUCAGCAUAUCUGUUCCUAAUGUUGACGAAGGAAAUCUCAAAGGACAAGUUCUGGAAAUUACAGUUCAAUCUUUGUCUGAAACUGUUGGCAGUCUAAAGGAAAAAAUUGCCGGGGAGAUACAGCUUCCAGCUAACAAACAGAAACUGAGUGGAAAACCAGGCUUUCUCAAGGAUAACAUGUCACUUGCCCAUUACAACGUUGGUGGAGGAGAAACACUUGCCCUCACCUUAAGAGAGCGUGGUGGUAGAAAGAAAUGAGCAUAUUUCUUGCAUUACCAUUCAAGAAGGUUGUUGUAAUCUUUGCCUUAUCAUGAGGCAUAUGGAUUCUUAUAGUAUUGAUAGACUACAUGAUGUUAUUUAUUUUCAUGAAUUUUAUGUUGAAUACCUUAUAUUUAUUGUACUGUGAGACUUCUUGAAGGAUUUACUGUUGUCUUGAAGACUGAUGUUAAUUCUGGAAUACAGAUUUUGGCACCUUGGCGCUUAUCUCUUGAGGGGAAUGGGAAGUAGUGGAGUUCCUUUAUCUAAUCUGAUCAAGACAAAUUAUUUGUUUCACUGAUUAUUGUUUUAUUUUGAAUUUCAGUUGGUUUAUUGCUAAGUUAAUGAUUUGUUUUUGAUCGAAGCUCCAUUGCUGUCAGGGAGGGGAUCAUUUACAUAUAUUUUAAAAUUUUGUUCAUUUUCAACAUUCUUGCAAUAUCAAUGUGAAGUGAUGAUUUAGGGUUUUUUGUCUUUGCCUUAGUGUUUAGGUUUUGUCUUAUGUUGGAUAUGUUCAUACAAGAACAUAAUUGGACAGUUGGUUAGAAGGCCGUUUCAGUUGCUGAGCAUAUUUAUCUUUAACUGGUGUGUCUUGUUUGGGGUUUAGUCACGUGAGGUUUUAUUUUGCCGUUAUAUAUAUCCUUAACCUAGAUUAUUUCCAGUUUUGGUCCGGUUGUUUUUUGAUUUUUCUGUUUUGUCAUAACAGAAUUCUACUUGGACAUGUGGGAAAGGCUGUGCAACUUAGCCUUAUGUGUUUGUGAAUGGGAUGAGGCAGAACGGACCAGGUUUGGUAAUUUAGAGAAGGCACGGAUUCACAUUUCAUCUUUUGGGGGAUAUCUUAUGGAACUUUCAGUUUGAGAUCACUUGCCGAUGAUCUUGAUUGAGAUUAGUUGGUCAUGUUAAAUCCUAUUCUGCUAUAGUUGAUUUGAGCUACAAUUUGCUCUGUGCCUUUGUAUCUUCAUUUCUCUCUGCGUGAGAUUGUUAGUAUGAUGGAUUGGAGCCCCUUGUUUGACUCUAUGGCUUCACAAGUUCGAGACUGGUUUAGCCUGGUAGCUCUAGUGUUCAUUAUUUCUUUUUUGUUCAUUAGGUUACUUGAGUUGUGGAAACGGGACAGCAACUCUGAUGGCUAAACUCAUUGAAGUUUGACACGAUUCUGUUUCGCAAAUUGCUAGGAUUAUGACUUUUCUUACAGUAUGCUAUUUUGCACCUUUUUGGUAACCUUUAAAAGAUUUUGGGUCUGUCGAAAAACCUUGUAGAAUUAAUUUAUGAUUCUUGAAAGUUCUUUUAAGUUUAUU